CUCACCACUCUUCGAAGCACGGAGUAAGCGAUGCGCGGUGUAAACAUAAACAAGAGGUUGGGACGCUCCCAGCGAGGAAUGCAUGUGUUAGGCCUCUGAGAGAACUGAUCUGAUUAAGCAGCAUGAUGGUGUGAUGCUGGAAAGCCUCAUAGCAAAAACAAAGCAAGCAGUGCAGGAGGAGGUGCAAGCUGAGGACAUCUUAGUGCAUAGUUGUAUCAGGUUUUAGCAGAUAAAGAAGUGCUUGAUAGGUUUGCACAAUCUGAAUCAUCUGAGUCUGACUCUACACCAAUGCUUGAGCAAGGCUGUGUCUCACAACUCAUGCUUCCAGGCUGGCUGGCAGCUGGUCGGCGCGGGUGACGCAAGCCCUGUGCCCGCUGCCGCCAUGGAAGACAGCGAGACGGAGGCGGCGGAGACUGACCCGCUGGUGAAACAGGGGCGGGGACAACCGCCUCCAGGACUCUGGAGGCGGCGGGGCAACGGCGGUGGGCCGGCGGCGGGCGAAAGGCAGGGCGUCACCACCCUGACGGCCGGCCUCGGCUCUCCCUUGUUCCGGAAACGUGUGAAAAGAGCACCGAGGAGGAGGUGGACCAGCACAAAGAUGGAUACGAGGAGGGAACAGGAUGCAAAAAAAGCUGCAGAGUCGCCGACACCACUCUGUCCCUUUUUCGGCGUCAAGAACUACCUCCAUCAUUUCUAUGAAAAGCAGGACAUCAGCAACCCAGCGUUGUACGAGGAUGCUCCUAUGGGGAUGGAGCAGGUGUUCCUGGUGAAGCAGGGGGGAGAGCGGCUGCUCCUCGUCAGUGUUUCGACUUUCUCUCGUGCUCGGCGGCCUCCUGCUCCUCCUAGGUGUCGUUGCCUUCGUCGUUGCCGCCUUCGCUGCCCGCCGAACUGUUUGUCGUUGGCGAGCACGGCGGCGUGUCGAUAGUGGACCACUUGGCCUCAUCGCACAACGCCCAGGUUGACGCGCUGCUGCUGGUGGGCCUGGUGGCGGUGACGCUUGGCUCCACCGUGGUCGCCGCCUCACUUAUAUCCCGCACUUUCUGCACCAGACAGGAAGAGCCCUUCUACCCAUUCAGGAUGGGCCAGUUUGUGCAGGAGCCUCCCAUCUCGCCCACUGACAAGAAGGUGCCAGUGACGGAGAGACUGACGCAGGUGCAACCCACAUGGAUUGUCCCCCUCCUACACCAACACGUGUCCCACCUUCUCCCCUAACCCGGAGGUGACCUUACAAUCCUCGGAGGCGACGGAGAAGGAUUCUAAACAAAAGGCUGGUUAACACACUAACAAUUUUUGGGGGAAACAUGUAUUUUCUCAGCUAGACAUCGACUACAUUAGAGAAGAAAAUAGCGUUCGGUUGAUGAAUACAAAUUUUUCAGUGUAGUGCUUGAGAAUUUUUGAGAUUGAGGUUAUGGAUCGCUUUGGUUGGGUGGUGAAAAUUUUCGCCAACUCACAGCAACACAGGGCUGUCCCAGUGAUGCUUUGUUGAGCUGUGGAUGGAGCCCGCGAUGGGAGAAUUGAAAACACGGAGACCAAAUAUAUCGAGUUAGAAGCCUUGGGAAUGACUGUCCAUCUUUAGUAGCGCCGAGGCAAAGGUGAAGAAGGACGAGUCUUGGUAAAAGGACUGGUGACCGAGCUGUGGGAUUUGCUGGGACAACAGACACUUGGUGUGUUAAGGAUAAGUCGAGUUUAGGAGACGCCUGAAAACUGAUGCAUGUACGAAUUUAUCAUUGUUUUCAACUACUACUUUAUCACUGUUUUCAGCGCUCUCUCUCUCUCUCUCUCUCUCUCUCUCUCUCUCUCUCUCUCUCUCUCUCUCUCUCUCUCUCUCUCUCUCUCUCUCUCCUUCUCUCUUCUUCUGUUGAUGUAUUGUCAACACCAGAGCUUCCGCUUUCAGCCUCCGCCACUCUCUCUCUCUCUCUCUCUCUCUCUCUCUCUCUCUCUCUCUCUCUCUCUCUCUCUCUCUCUCUCUCUCUCUCUCUCUCUCUCUCUCUCUCUCUCUCUCACACACACACACACACACACACACACACACACACACACACACACACACACACACACACACACACACACACACACACACACACACACACACACACACACACACACACACACACACACACACACACACACACACACACACACACACACACAAAUAUUUUCGUUUUUAGGAUCAGGUGAAAAACAAGGUUAGGCCUGAUGGGGGAGAAUCCUGACAGAGCCACACUCGUGCUCGCUGAACUAACCUCCACCCAGCCUUGCAACACUGUUAUCACCUCGUCCCUUCAGUGUAGAGCUUUAGUGUGUGUGUGUGUGUGUGUGUGUGUGUGUGUGUGUGUGUGUGUGUGUGUGUGUGUGUGUGUGUGUGUGUGUGUGUGAUAAUGCUCUCAGCCCAGACUCGUCCUUCGCCUCCUCGCUUCCGGCACUCUCUCGUCGAGCCCACGGCCUAGGGUUUUGUCGAGCACAUCAGUAUGAAACACGCCAGCCCCGAUCCCAACUUUUUAACCCUUAUUUUUGUCACGGAGAAGCAAGAUUUCGAAAGGAGCUGAAGGUACAGUUGUUCCAAAGCUGCAUUUAGUCCGUUGAGUCUAAUACACUUCUCCGCAAGCCGUGAAGUCCUUUCCACUGGUUUUUGGAACGAUUUUUUGAACUCCAUUUGGUAUUUUGCCCCGCGUUGCCUCGAGGCUCCUGCGAGGAUGUUUUACUCGGCUUGUGCUGUGUCAAGGGCUCGCCACGCCCAUUGAAUACACUCGCUCGUACCGCAAGCACUACAUGGCACUGUAAAUCGAAGAGUAAGCGUAUACAAUAUUCUGAAUGUGUUCGUUGUGUGUAUUGUACCGUGUGCCACUCACCGCUGUAUGAGAUGUGCGCCACAAGACGUGGAGCUCGUGUCUUUGUCAUAAUUCUGAUACUUUUGUUGUUGCUCUUAUUAUUAUUAUUGUCAUUAUUAUUAUUAUUAUUAUUAUUAUUAUUAAUAUUAUUAUUAUUAUUAUUAGUGAUUAUAUUUUUCACAUGUACUACUGAUGCCGUUCCCGGGGAGAUCAGAGGUAACUCGGGAGACGAAGCAGGACGGGUAAAGUUGUCCUGGAUUGUCACUUAUUAUUCGUGUCUCGUAUUUUCCGGCGGGUGCAAGUUUAGUCGCCGAGGAAGUUCUAUAAUGAGGAGUGUCUGCCUUGGGAGGUGAAGUGUUUCUUUGUCUGUUUAGUGACCGUUCGUCUUUCUCGCUACUCGUCAUUUGACGCCACUGUACGCAUUUUGCAUGCCCUUCUCCCCGCGCCUGAGUUGUCUAUGUCUGCUGCCUCUGAUCAGAUUGUUUGGCUCAGCUGGUGGAAGGCAGACGAGACAUAGCGAGUGUCCACCGUCUCUUUUUUUUUUUUGUGGUCUUUAAAUAAGCUCCUUUUUUUCUCCUUUCUUUCCUUUCUCUGUUUUGCUAACGUGUUGUAGCACAAAAAGGUAUAUAUAUAUUUCAACGGAGCAAAUAUUUGGCGUCAAGUACUACAAAUGUGUAUAAUGACGUUGGCCUUUAAAUUACUUGUCCUUUAUGACCGUGAUGCUGCUCGUUCCAUCGUAAUUAUGUUUUGUGUGUCGCCGUGUCGUCGUUUGCAUCACUCACGACUGCAAAUGUGUGCCAAUCAGUAUAAGCUAAAAUUCUAUUGUUGUCAGGUGUGCUAAUUGUUGGUGAAGAUAUGAUGGUAUGUGACGUUGAUAGUCUAUUUUAUCCACAGUUAUGUACUCGAGUAAGACACAGUGUUGAUACGAGCGUUGUAAAGUGUUGUCAAAGAGAGGGUAUAUCUUGUUCCUCACGUCACGCUGCCCGCCACGUGUGCCAACGCUCGUGCACACUUGUAAUGCUGUAGUCGUUGGAACUUCUGGAAUAUAUAUUUUAGUGGAGUGUUGA